GUCAUACGGCAAAGUUGUUCUAGCCGGUUCUCUCUGUAUCUGUGAUAUUUCGAUAAAGCACGUAAAAAGUUUGCACAUAAUUUUUUGAUUUUUACUGUGCGAAGCAAAGAAUUAGUUUCUGAAAUAAAUACAUACGUAAUUUUUGUAAAGUAGAAUUUGUAUUAUAACAUAUUUUAGUAAGGUGUAAAAAUUUAUUAUUAUUAAAAAUGGUAGUCAGGCAAUAUCAAGAAGAACUGAAAUACUUAGAAAAAGUAAAUGAUACAUGUUGGAAAAUAAAAAAGGGUUUUCAACCCAACAUGAAGGUUGAAGGUGUAUUUUAUGUAAAUAAUACACUAGAACGUUUAAUGUUUGAUGAGUUGCGCAAUGCAUGUAGACCAGGAGCAGUAGGUGGUUUUCUCCCAGGCAUGAAACAAAUUGCUAAUGUAGCUGCUCUUCCUGGAAUUGUUUGGAGAUCUGUAGGAUUACCCGAUGUUCAUUCUGGAUAUGGUUUUGCCAUUGGUAAUAUGGCAGCAUUUGAUAUGAAAGAUCCAAAAUCAAUAGUAUCUCCUGGUGGAGUAGGAUUUGACAUAAAUUGUGGUGUUCGUUUACUGAGAACUAACUUAUUUGAAGAGGAUGUUCAACCAGUAAAGGAACAACUUGCUCAAAGUAUGUUUGAUCAUAUUCCUGUUGGUGUUGGAUCAAAAGGAAUUAUACCCAUGAAUGCACAUGAUUUAGAAGAAGCCUUAGAAAUGGGGAUGGAUUGGUCUCUUAGAGAAGGUUACAUCUGGGCUGAGGAUAAAGAACAUUGUGAAGAGUAUGGUAGAAUGCUCAAUGCAGAUUCUUCUAAGGUAUCAAUGAGGGCAAAGAAACGUGGUCUCCCACAGCUAGGAACAUUAGGAGCAGGAAAUCAUUAUGCAGAGAUUCAAGUGGUAGAUGAAAUCUAUGACAAGUGGGCUGCUUGUAAAAUGGGUAUUGAAGAAAAAGGCCAAAUUUGUGUUAUGAUUCAUUCUGGUAGCAGAGGAUUUGGACAUCAAGUUGCAACUGAUGCACUUGUUCAGAUGGAGAAAGCUAUGAAGAGAGACAAUAUUGAAACUAAUGAUAGGCAAUUAGCUUGUGCUCAUAUAAAUUCUCAAGAAGGUCAAGACUAUUUAAAAGCGAUGGCGGCGGCCGCAAACUUUGCGUGGGUCAAUAGAAGUUCUAUGACGUUCCUCAGUAGGCAGGCAUUUGCAAAACAGUUUCGAAUGUCCCCUGAUGAUUUAGAUAUGCAUGUUAUAUACGAUGUUUCUCAUAACAUCGCGAAGAUAGAGGAACAUAUGGUGGAGGGCAAACAGAAAACUCUUCUAGUGCAUAGAAAGGGAUCCACAAGAGCGUUCCCGCCCCAUCAUCCUUUAAUUCCAGUUGAUUAUCAACUAACUGGUCAACCAGUUUUAAUCGGUGGUACUAUGGGAACAUGCAGUUAUGUUCUUACUGGAACCGAACAGGGUAUGAAGGAGACAUUUGGAUCAACUUGUCACGGAGCGGGACGAGCUUUAUCUAGAGCGAAAUCACGCAGAAAUUUGGAUUACACGGAUGUGUUAGAAAAAUUGGAACGACAAGGAAUCUCAAUUAGAGUUGCAUCACCCAAAUUGGUGAUGGAAGAAGCACCGGAAUCUUACAAGAAUGUAACCGAUGUUGUCAAUACAUGUCACGCGGCUGGUAUUUCUAAAAAAUGCAUAAAGUUACGACCAAUCGCGGUUAUUAAAGGAUAAUUAUUUAUUCAAGGAAUAUUUGUGAAUUGUUAAUCAUGACUGAAUUGCUGCUUCAAGCAUCACGAUCGUAACAUCACAUUUAUUUAUUAAUGAAUUUGUAUAAUUUAUUACAAGUAUUAAGUGCCGUUUAUCUUUUGUAAAUUAUGUAAAUGUAGGGAAAUCCAAUUAGUUUGUAAUAAAAUUGCGAGCGAAACUACAUUCAAG